AUGUUUCGCUCACUAGCCACACGCAAUCUCCCUACACGACUCGCUUCUCGCAAUUGUAGAAGACAUUUUUCUAACUUCAAUGGAUCACGACUGUCGCAUCCUCUAGCUUCAGACUGGUCAUCACCCAGCGCAAAUGGUCUAGUCCCAAUUGUCAUCGAGCAAACAGGAAGAGGCGAACGCUCGUACGAUAUUUUCUCCAGGCUCUUGCGAGAACGAGUGAUCAUGCUCUAUGGUCCAAUACGAGAUACAGAUUCUGCUCUCACAGUUGCUCAAUUGCUCUUUCUUGAAGCCGAAGAAACAUCCAAACCUAUUCACCUAUACAUCAACUCUCCGGGCGGCAGUGUAACAGCCGGCUUAGCUAUAUACGACACAAUGCAGUACGUCUCAUCGCCGAUCCACACGUACUGCGUGGGCCAAGCUAGCUCAAUGGGUUCUCUUCUUCUCGCGGCAGGUGAGAAAGGUAAACGGCACUGUCUACCCAACGCCAGUAUUAUGAUCCACCAGCCUUCCGGUGGUGCCUCGGGACAAGCGACCGACAUUGCUAUCCACGCAAAAGAGAUCCUGCGGAUCCGGGAAGUUCUCACUGGAAUUUAUCAGAGGCACUGUGGCAAGCCUACAGAGAGUGCAGAACAGGGCUUUGAACGUUUCCGAACUGCAUUGGAACGGGACUACUUCAUGACAGCCCAAGAAGCCUUGGAGUUCGGAAUCGUGGACGGAAUCCUAGAGAAGAGGCCCAACCUCACCGGGAACGAAGGCUCCUCCUGA